AUGAUGUUCGGCGGGCGCGCACGGCCGCACCUGGACCGGCGGUUGCUGCGCGCGCCCGGCCGCGCGUCGCGCCCAAGAAGCAGUUCAUCUGCAAGUUCUGCAACCGCCAGUUCACCAAGAGCUACACCUGCUCAUCCACGAACGCACGCACACGGACGAGCGGCCCUACUCGUGCGACAUCUGCGGGAAGGCCUUCCGCCGACAGGACCACCUGCGCGACCACAGCGCUUUGGAGCAUUGCGCUACUGUGUGUGUUGCGAUGUGUGGAGUGCUGCUGUGGGUGAUAUGUCACGCGCGUAG